AAAGAAAGAGCAGGCGAAGGGAGAAGGUCGGUUCGUAGGGGCGAGUGAAAGCCAGGGAGAGAGGAGAGAAAGCAAAAGAAACAAAUUAAUAAAAAGAAGAGAAGGAAGAGAAGAGGAGAAGAGAAGAGAGAUUGAGAGAGUUCGAGAUGAGAUGAAAUCCAAAUCUCUCUCUUUCUUCCAUCUCUAGAGGUACAGAGAGAGAGAGAGAGAGAGCAAAGGGGCAAAGAACGACAUAAGUUGAAGAAGAGAGGACCGGUGUUUAGACUCGAUUUGUGCGGCGAUGCGGGGGCAGAGAGCGAUAGCCGGAGAAGCCAACGGAUCUGGAUCUAGGAGCGCCGCCAAGGAGGUUAGGUUUCGAGGCGUGAGGAAGAGGCCAUGGGGAAGGUUCGCGGCGGAGAUCAGAGACCCCUGGAAGAAGGCUCGCGUCUGGCUUGGCACCUUCGACUCGGCCGAGGACGCCGCACGGGCCUACGACUCCGCCGCACGGGCGCUCCGAGGUCCCAAGGCCAAGACGAACUUCCCUCCGUCGUCUCCCUUCUCGCCGUUCCACCAAAACCCUAGCGAUCCGAUGAUCGAGCACCGGUUGUACGCGCCGCAUCACUUCCCGGAGCACCAGAUUGUCGCGCAGAGGCCGACCACGAGCAGUUUGAGUAGCACGGUUGAGUCGUUCAGCGGGCCCAGGCCUCCGCAGCCUGCCGUUCCGGCGCGGCGACACCCUCGGACGCCGCCGGUGUCGCCGGAGGAUUGUCACAGCGAUUGUGACUCUUCGUCUUCGGUCGUCGACGACGGAGAUGGAGACAUCGCCUCUUCGUCGUUUCGCAAGCCCUUGCCUUUCGAUCUCAACCUCCCUCCACCCUCCGAUCAGGCCGGUGAUGAUGAUCUAUUUUGCACAGACCUUCGCCUCUGAUGUUGAUGUUGUUGUGGAUGAUGAUGAUGAUGAUAGAUCGUUUCAAAACCAUUGAAAAUUAAACCUUUAAUCUUUUUGUUCUCUUAUUUUAUGCGGAGAAAAAAGAAGACGAUGGAUAAAACCUAUUAUAAGAGAUGAUCAAAAUCGUCUUCUAUAAUUCUGAGUAUGCUCUCAGACCUUUCCUGUUGUUUGAAGAGAAUUUACCUUACUUUUCUUCAUAAUCUCUGUUGUUAGGUGUUAGGGAAUUGUGGAGGAUCCUAUUAUGAGAUGAUGAACUGGGCGUUUCUUCAACUAUGUAUGGGCCUUCAGUCUGUUGUUGUUGAAGUUAUUUACAUGUAAAGACAGAGGGAUCAGUUCUGAUCUGUUGUGGUUGUGGAGUUUUCCUCAUCUUGAUUUC